AUGCCGAAAACGAAAAAAGCCCUCACAACCAGAGACGUGCCUCCCGAAUUCCUGGAAGCUGCAUUUCUGGUCGGCCAUGUUCCGCACAUGGCAUUACAAUCUGAUCCACGCGUUUCCUACUCCUUAUACAUCCCACCCUCGCCAUAUAAAGCACUUGCCGCUGCCGAAACCAACAUCACGAAUAAACUACCAAUACUAGUAAACAUCCACGGAACAAGAAGAAACCUCUCCGCCAUCUACGGCGACCUAAAAACUUUUGCAGAUUCUACACCUUGUGCGGUGUUGCAACCUCUAUUUGCAGCUGGCAUCGAAGGACCCAAUGACUUGGACGCGUAUAAGAAACUCAGAUCCAAGAGUUUGUCGUCCGAUGUAGCUUUGCUGUCAAUGCUUGAUGAGGUUGGUUUGCGUUGGCCGCAUGUCAACACCGACGAAAUCUUUCUGAUGGNNGGUUUUUCUGGUGGUGGACAAUUCGCACAGAGGGUUUUGUAUAUUCAUCCUGAGCGAUUGUCUGCGGUUAGUAUAGGAGCUCCUGGAAAAGUGACAAUUCUUGAUGACCAGCAAAAAUGGCCCAGAGGUAUUGGGAAUGUUCAAGAGGUGUUUGACCGAACGAUUGACUUGAAUCUGGUCAAAGCUGUGGACAUUCAUAUGGUGGUCGGCAGCAAAGACACAGGCGCUCAUGGUGGCGAUGAGUUUAAGCAAUGGCAACAGAAGAUGAAGAAUAAAAUCAAAGAUGCUGGGUCUGAUGAGGAAGUUGCUUUGACCAACAAUAUCGAGACUUUGGGAACUGGACAAGGCAGACUAGGCACUUUGCAGGAUCUCCAGAGGACUUGGAAGGAUCGAGGUAUUGAGGCUCGUCUUGAUAUUGUGGAUGGUGUUGCCCACUCAGCCGACGGAGUUCGAAGCUGUGUUUUGGAUUUCUUGCGACCUCUCAUGCAAAGAGCUGAGAAGGCUUGA